GUGCAUUUUAACGGCUUAAUCAAUCAGUGAGGCGGUAUCCUAACGCCUUCCGGGGGCUCUGAUCAAUUUAUGAUGCUUCUCUGGAUUCGCUGAACUCACAUCACAGUUCCUGAUAGCCGCACAUCGUCAGUCAGUGACCGGAACUGUAAAACCGUCUCGUCCCACUCCCCGCGCGCGGGCAGAUUUACAGCGCGCUUCAGCCGCACGAGACAAACAGCAGCAAUUACCUCGAGGGGAAAACACUCGCCUCGACAAACCUACGGCAAAAACCAGCGUCGCUAGCUCUGAGAACAAGCACGCUGAGAUUUCACAGUCCGUAGUAAUUUCUCACACAAAGAGAAGGAGGGCUGGAGAAGACACCACCAUCUCCGGUGCGCGUGAAGCUCGAGGUGUGCUGUGAUAUGGAGCUGCGAAGGUUUGCGUGUUCCGGUUGAGGACGUCUGAAGGAACAGCGUUUCAUUUCACCGACCACUUUGAUGCAGAACUAUUCCAUGACCAUUUAUUAGCACUCCGGCGGAUCUGAAUUGGAAUAGCUAUAAAAAAAAAGGACUUUUGGUCACCUGAACAAGUUUUUUUCUUUUUCUUUUUUCUUUUUCUAAAUGACUAUAUUUGUGCUUUCGGGGCUUCUCUUUUUUCCCUCACACUUAAGGAACCGUCUGUGAGAAGUCGUUCAGGAUGUUGACAACUCUGCGUAAAUGGAUAUGAAAUAAGGAACACUUUGGUUACGCCUGGAAAUCGCUUCAUCUUAGUCGUGUGACUGUUCUUACGCCGCAGUCAUUGUUUCCCAACCCAUUCGCUUCACGUUUAAUCCGUUUUAGGGCACCGAAAGUCACUUCCGCCGAUUCCGUAACAGUUCGGUUGAAACUCGUUCAUAAAGCUCGUGCCCGUCUCGUUCGAGCAUCGUCACUUCUGCAGAUGUGCUCUGGUUCUAUUCUAACCAUCGUGUAGGUGUUGAUGGAGAGCCUUUCGAAUGACAGCCGGGACAGUGGUAAUCACAGGAGGAAUUCUAGCUACAGUAAUCUUACUGUGCAUUAUCGCUGUACUGUGUUACUGUAGGCUGCAGUACUAUUGCUGUAAGAAGGAGGAGUCGGAGUCAGAGGAGGAGGAGCCUGACUUCGCCGUCACGUCUCGUUUGCCGCCGGUGCAUUCAAACCACAACAUCCUGGCGGCCACUGUCCCAACGUCAACCACCCCCAAUGGGCCUGCCCUUUUCACGCCCCCGCAAACACGAAAACUGACCCGUUCACAGACUUACUGUCCAUCCUGUACACAUUAUGACCUGCCAUUUUACUUGCAGCAUCCAGACAGCCUGCGAAAUGGCGGAGAACGAAUUAGCUACCGCAGCAUGUAUCAACAAGAUUUGGGGCUGCCCACCCUGCUGCCCACCCAGCUGCCGACGCCACUACCCAACUACCACAAGCUAAACCUCAGCCGCUCAGUUACCAUGAGGGAGAUGUUCACACGAAGCUGCAGCAUUAGCACUGACGUGUAGCCAUUCAGAUUUAAAUGAUGCUAAAUGCUAACAGCUAACUGCAUCAACGCAGGCAACAGACUCAAUUCUCAUUAAAAAAAAACAUUACUCAUUUCAUAAAGCUGUUGUACUUGCCUGCAUAAAAACAAUGUCAACAAUGUCCUCUGGAAACUCCCAGAGUGGCAAACUUUUAGGAAGGCAUCCCAGUUUGUUUGUUCGUAACUGGGAACUAUAAAGGCAAAAAUGGGGUGAGAGCAAA